AUGAAAGAAGGGAAGGAUGUGCCCAAAAAACACAGCGUUGUCUCUAUAAACAGAUUCCACCCAGGGUGUGAGGAUUGGUUCUAUAGGGAGUUUAAAUUGCUUGACACUUGCGACCAUCCAAGCAUAGUCAAACUUCUUGGAAUCUGUGUCCAAGGUGGACAGAAGAUCCUUGUUGUUGAGUAUCCUUAUAACAGUUACCUUAAUGACCAUUUAUUUUAUGACGACACGCCCAUUCUUACGUGGGUACAGCGUUUGAAAAUCUGCCUUGAUGUUGCAAAGGCAUUGAAUUACCUUCAUUUUGAGAUGGCGGGCGGACAGAGUGUCGUACACGGUGAUAUACAGAGUUCCAACAUUGCAUUGGACAAGAAUUGGGGGGCCAAGAUUGCUGACUUUGGGCACUCGGUAUUCUCGUCUCCGAACGAAGAUGAUGAAACUCUAGAAUAUGCUAGGGGAAUCCCAGAUGUUAACGUAGAUCCAGAAUAUAGGAAGACUCGUAGGUUAACAAGAGAAUCUGAUGUAUAUAGUUUUGGAGCGGUUCUGUUUGAAGUCCUAUGUGGGAGGUUAGGCGAAGACCCAAUAUACUUAAAAGAGAGCGACCAAGGGCUGCCAUUUGUGGCACGCCGAUGCUUCCGAGAGGGAACACUAAUGGAAAUGAUAGAUCCAUUACUAGGGGAAGAAAGUGAUGAAAACAGCUACAUUUUAAAAAGAGGACCCAAUAAAGAUUCUUUGGACAUCUUUGUGAAAAUUGCAUAUCAGUGUGUGACAGAAAUCCCAAACCAACGUCCACCAGUAAAUGUGGUUGUCAAAGAGCUUCAGGAAGCCUUACUGUUACAGGUAAUUAAUUAA